CCUUUCCCUACCCUUUCUCUCGGCGGUGGGUCGGAGCCGCUCUCCCCGGUAAAACACGUUCCCCUCUAAAUUUGUAUUUUUCUUUGGAUGUCCCUUUCAUAGAUUCGGCUAAUUGAGACACAAUAGAAAAGUCCUGCACGGCCGUUCAUAUACCGGUCUUUAGUAACCAAAAAUUUGGCAUUAAUCCCCUUUUUAUUCUUUAACAUGGCGAUGGUAAGCGGGUCGUCUGGGCCGGUUGCCCGGCUUGAGGGCCGAGAAUUUGAGUACUUGAUGAAAAAGCGAUCGGCGACUAUCGGGCGGAACUCGUCUCAAGGUUCCGUAGAUGUAAGCAUGGGUCAUUCCAGUUUCAUUUCUAGAAGGCAUCUCGAGAUAUUCACUGUCACCGACGAUGGCUCCGGUGGAGGGGACUUCUAUUUGCGGUGUCUCGGUAAAAACGGGGUGUUCGUGGAUGGGGUUUUCCUCAGACGGGGGGCGCCACCUCUGCAACUUCCAAGAAUGUGCACGUUUCGUUUCCCCAGCACCAACAUCAAGAUCACCUUCACGGCGUUGUCCAAUGGGAAGCGAGUGAGGCGCGAGGCUCCCGAGUCUCCGGUGAAGCCUGUGCAGCCGCACAUCGCCCCACUCACCAUCAACAUCCCCGACAACAUCGCCCACCUGAUCAGCCCUCUGCCGUCGCCCACAGGCACCAUCAGUGCCGCUAACUCCUGCCCCUCCAGCCCCCGUGGGGCGGGCUCCUCUGGGUACAGGAUGGGGGGCCGGAUGGUGAGCUCUGCAGAGCUGCAGCUCAUAGCCGACAACUCUCAGUCUGAGAACGACAAGGAUGCCUCAGGAGGGGACAGCCCUAAGGACGACUCAAAGCCCCCCUACUCGUACGCCCAGCUCAUCGUCCAGGCCAUCACCAUGGCGCCCGACAAACAGCUGACCCUCAAUGGCAUCUACACACACAUCACCAAGAACUACCCUUACUACCGCACUGCAGACAAGGGCUGGCAGAACUCCAUCCGCCACAACUUGUCACUGAACCGCUACUUCAUCAAGGUGGCGCGCUCCCAGGAGGAGCCUGGGAAAGGUAGUUUCUGGAGGAUCGACCCAUCGUCCGAGGGCAAGUUGAUGGAGCAGGCCUUCAGGAAGCGCAGGCCCCGGGGGGUCCCCUGCUUCAGGACACCCCUAGGGCCCCUCUCCUCCAGGAGUGCCCCUGCCUCUCCUAGUCAUACUGGAGUUCUCUCCGCCCACUCCAGUGGCGUGCAGACCCCUGACAGCCUAUCACGAGAGGGCUCCCCGGUUCCCAUGGAGCCAGAGCCCGCCCCUGCCCCGCCCCCUUCCUCAGUGGUCCAGCCCAAACUAGCCGUCAUUCAGGAAGCACGCUUCGCACAGAACUCACCAGGAGGCCAGCCGGUUCUGAUUGCCGUCCAGCGCCAGCUCUCCCAGAGCGCGGUGAAGCCGGUCACCUACACCGUGACCUCUCCCGUGACCUCGUCCACCUCCGCCCCCGCCGUGAUGCAGGCCCUCACCGUGCUGCAGCAGAUCCCCGUCACCGGCAUGGCAACCGCCAUCGCCACCGGCAACACCUACACCGUCACCUCGGCCAACCCCGGGGCUGUGAUGGUGACCUCCGACCCCCAGGAGAACGGAGCUCACUCAGAGGUUAAAGUUAAAGUAGAACCUGUUCCGACCAUCAGCCAUGCCUCUAUAGGCGGAGCAAGUUGCAUCAUCCAGACCACCAGCCAAUCAGAGAUACCCUUACAGACGGUUACCAUAGUGCAGCAAGCCCCAUUGGGCCAGCACCAGCUGCCGGUCAAGACUAUCACCCAGAACGGGACACACAGCAGCUGUGCUACCUCAGCCCUGCAGACCAACACAGUUUCCAGCCCGCUCCACCUGUUAGCGGCCCACGCCUCCAUCUCCGCCUCCCUCCCCACCAAGCGCCAGCAGAACGGGGCCCCGCUGGCCACGGUGGCCCCCAGCGCCAAGCGCCUCAAAACGGAAGAGGCCGGGGGCGAGGGUGGCCCUCCCGCGCCCCCCCUGGGCCCCCCGCACCCCGCCACGGCAGACAGCACAGACACAUCCGUGACCAGCGACCUCAACUAGGCCCCACCCCACACACACACACACACACACACAGCAUUGCUGUCUUCUGUUCCUUCCUCCUUAUCCCUCUCCCUCCCCAACCCCAUGGACUCUCUCCCUCCCAUCUAUGCCUAAGGUGCCAAACACACGAAGCACAUCGCUGGUUAAAGGGCCACUUGGAUUGUAACUGCUAGUCAUAGAACAUGUGACCGUCUGAGGAACAGCUGAGGAGAAGGAAAAGAGAGAGGGGGAGCUAAGAGGCCGAAGAGACUAAUUGAAAGUGUCCCCCCCUAACUGUGACAUCACCACUGAGGAGGAGAAGGAGUCUGAACCCAAGAACACAGGAAGCCUUAACAACAACUAACCUUAUAAGGAGAAGAGGAACUAUGAGGCUGGGCAGGAGGUUGCAGUUGGCUCCACCCCUCUGGCUCGCUCCUCGGCGUGGGGCUGGGGGAAGGGGGGCUGCUAACCUGUUAAACCUGAGCUACAUAAGUUACCAAGUAUUACGCGAACCCCUGGUGUGUCAGUAAAAAUGAAACUUUCCAGGAGGAGGGGGGGAGGACGGGGCAAGAGGGACUAACUGAUGCUCAGGAGGAGGGGGGGAGGACGGGGCAAGAGGGACUAACUGAUGCUCAGGCAGCUAGCCUUCCUUUCCAAGCCCCCCCCCCCCCCCACCCGCCCGUAUCACCCACCCCACACCCCCUCCUCCACACCCCAUAUUCUCCACUCUGACCAUCACCCCCAGACCUGAAUACUGAUCAACCCACCCCCCCAAACUGCCCCCCCCCCUGUCUGAGACAGAUCCACACUGUUUGUGAGUGGAGACUAGGACCCAUUCCUGUGUGGCUGUGUCCUCUCUAGAUGGUUCAUAAUAAUAAUAAGUUAAGUAAAGGAGCCCUUACGAGGAAGACUGGAGUCGGUGACAUUUAAAAAAAUACAAACAAAAAAAAAACACUCCACCAUAAAUUUAGUAACUCACUUUUUUUUGUGUUUUUUUUGUUUUUUUAUAUGUGGACUUCCUCUUCCUUGCGUGUCAGGUGACACCUUUUCUGUUUUUAUAAAACCCGUCAGUGGAGUGUUUGGUUAGAUUUUUUUAUUUUUUUUCUGUUGAAAUCCUCGUUCUGUCAAAUCUGUAUGAAAUGUCUUUGUUUAUACCUACAUAUUUUAGUACUUGCACAGAUAUUAAUAACCAAUAUGACAAUUAUAAGCAUAUGAAUCAUUUCCAUGUGUGGUUGUCCAGAGCUUGCAUGUACCAGACAACAGGAGAAUCUGGGUUUGUUGAUGGUAAAUGUACCCCUGACCCCUGCUUUACCCCUCUGACCAGACCCGCACUUGACUAAAUAUUCCUGUUUAGUUCUCUUUUGUCGUUUUCUUUUCCUCCCUCCUUCUCUUUCUCUCUAUUCCCUCCUUUUCCUCUCUCUCUCUCGCUCUCUCUCUUCCCCCCCCCCCCCCCCCCCCAGGCUGUGUUGACAUUGUGGCAUUGGUUAACCAUCUGUUCUUCCGCCUCCAAGGCCAGUCUGUCUCCAGAUUCUACAUGUUCCAGAACCAUAGAAGAAGAGAAGUGAUUGAUGUUUGUUCUGCUUUAGUGGAUAACAUGCUUUUUUAAAUAAAUUAAUUUAAACCCGUU